AGUCUAGUUUCCAGCGGGACCGGCGGCGGCGACGGUGACGGAGUUUUUUUCCGGCUUAACUUUGGCGGACUGAAAUGGAACAAGACAAAGUUAGAAAGUACGAGGAAUUCGUCGACCGCCGCUUGAAACCUGAUCUUGUACAUGCUAUUGCUCAAAGGGACAAGGUUUUUGAGCAGCAAAAGGUUUUCUCUGAUCUGAGAAGAAACAUCGAGAAUUUGGAGAAGAACAGUGUAACCAGUAUGAGAACCAUGGUGAACCUUGGUUCCGAAAUCUAUAUGCAAGCUGAUGUACCAGAUACUCGGCAUAUCUUCUUAGAUGUCGGACUUGGAUUUCACGUGGAGUUUACUUGGUCUGAAGCACUUAACUUUAUAGCUGCAAGAGAAGAAAAGUUAUCCAGCCAAAUUGAGGAGUAUACUCGCUUAAUUGCAUCGAUUAAAGCUCAGAUUAAGAUGGUGUGUGAAGGAAUAAGAGAGCUGCUCCAGCUACCGGUUUCGGAGAUGGAACCGAAAUAUUAUUAGAAAAAACACUUGCAUUAUCAUUGCUGUAAUAGCUUUUUCGUUCGAGAAUUUUCGAUUUUAAAACAUGUUUACAUCCAUUCCAAUUUCUGAAAUUUCGAUUAUCAAUUUUUCUUUUUCUUU